UUGCCACGCAUAGAUGAUUUGUUAUCGCGUUUACAUGGCGGUGAACGUUUCAGUAAGAUUGAUUUAUCUCAGGCGUACGCUCAGUUUGAGCUUGACGAAUCAAAAAAGUAUACGGUUAUCAAUACACAUAAGGGUUUAUACAUGUACAAUCGACUAGUUUACGGCUUGUCGUCGAGUCCAGGAAUUUUUCAAAAACACUUAGAAGAAUUAUUGACAGGGUUACCGAACGUGGGUGUGUUUUUAGAUGACGUAAUUAUAACGGGUCCUGAUAGUCGUAGUCACAUAAAAAAUUUAUAUAAAGUGUUCGAGCGAUUGCAGUCUCACGGGUUGCGCGUUAAGAAAGAAAAAUGUGUAUUUUUCGCAGAAUCUAUUAACUACUUAGGGCACGUCAUUAGUAAAGAGGGUGUUCACACGUGUCCGGAAAAAGUCCGGGCAAUUGUAAACACGCCUGCACCCACCAAUAUUUCAGAACUGCGAUCUUUCAUCGGGCUAGUAAUGUAUUAUGGUAAAUUCGUACGAAAUGUUAGUUCAUUGCUGGCCCCGUUAUAUCGUUUGCUAAAAACCGGGGUUCGAUUCCUGUGGAGUACUGAGUGUCAAUUGGCAUUCAAUGAAGUAAAAAAAAUAUUAAGUUCGAGCGAAGUGCUUGCUCAUUAUACGUUAGACUUACCCGUGGUACUGACGGCGGACGCCAGCGGGGUCGGAGUCGGCGCCGUGAUAUCGCAUAUCACUGAGGAGGGAGAGCGGCCGAUCGCAUAUGCGUCGCGUACGCUCAGCGCGGCCGAGCGGGCCUAUGCGCAGAUAGAUCGAGAGGCCUUAGCAAUAAUAUUCGGUAUUAAAAAGUUUCAUCAGUACUUAUAUGGUAGAAAAUUCGUUUUAAGGACUGAUCACAAACCCUUGACGUAUAUUUUCGGCAGUAAAGUGGGCAUUCCAGUUAUGGCCGCUUCGAGAUUACAGCGUUGGGCAGUAUUAUUGUCGGGAUACAAUUAUGACAUAGAAUAUGUAAGUUCACACAAAAAUUGUGCAGAUGCGUUAUCUCGUUUGCCGCAACCGGUACAUAAACGGCUUCCGAAGUCGGAGGGAAUGAAUUACAUUAAUUUCGUAGAAAAUUUUCUCCCGGUCACAAAUGAUGACGUCAGAACGGCAACAGCAAGCGAUCCGGAAUUUAGUAGAAUUUUAACCUAUGUUCAGUCCGGAUGGCCCGCGUCCUGCCCAAAAGAAGUGUUGCAGCAAUAUUAUAUUAAACGUAAUGAACUAUACAUAGAUAGGGGCUGUAUUAUGUGGGGUUACCGCUUGGUGAUACCGCGCACUUUAAGAAAAAAAAUACUUAUGCAAUUACAUACUGGUCACAUGGGCAUUGUUAAAACUAAGUCCAUAGCUCGAAGUUACGUAUGGUGGCCUAAUAUAGAUACAGACGUCGAAUCCGAAUGCCGAGCAUGUGAGACGUGCGCGGUGGAGUCACAAGCACCCCCGCGCACCCCACCGCAGCCUUGGCCGUACCAUUUGCAGCCAUGGAGCAGACUCCAUAUAGAUUUUUUAGGCCCUUUUAACGGAAAAAAAUUUCUUAUUUUAAUAGACUCCAGUACGAAAUGGCUAGAAGUGUUUGAAAUGCCAAAAACAAAUGCUACAGCGGUUAUUAAGGUAUUACGGUGUACGUUCGCAAGAUUCGGCUUACCACUAGAGCUAGUAUCGGAUCAAGGGCCACCCUUCACUAGCGCGGAAUUUAAGGAGUUUUUAACACGAAAUGGUAUUCAGCAACGUUUCUCGCCUGCUUAUCACCCGUCUUCGAAUGGCGCCGCGGAAAAUGCUGUAAAUAUUUGUAAAAAAGCAAUAAAAAAAGCACAUAGGGAAUCAAUCGAUGUUGACGCCGCGUUGCAAACAUUUUUACUUACUUAUCGUAACAGUAUACACAGCAGCACAGGUGAAAGCCCUUCAAUGCUGUUACAAAAACGAACGUUACGAUCACGGCUAGACUUAUUACGAAGCGAUCGCGCGCUCAUAAAUAAGGUAAAUCAGGCUCAAAGUAAGCAAGUGGAGUACACGGGCGGGGUGCAGCGCUCGUUUGCACCGGGGGAACCUGUGUGGGUGCGAGAGUACGGCCACAAGGAUAGGUGGGUGAAGGGAACGAUAGUUCAUGGCGAAGGUUCGAGGAGAUAUUCUGUGGACAAGGGGGACAGUCGACAAGUAGUUAAGCACGUGGAUCAAAUCAAGCGCAGAUCAGGGUUGUACGACAUACCAUUCCCUGAGGAGCAAAGCGAGUCAAUGAGGGUACAAAUACCUGAUAGUAGUGGCUCGGCGAGAGACGGAAUGUCGAAGGAGGACGACGGCCCGGACACAUCUCCGACUACGGUUGUGGGUGAUUUGGGAAAGGAGAGGAAACGGGUUUCGAGUGAACGCAUUAAAAGUCCUGGAAUCGAUUAUAGUACACCGCCAACGUCACCUAGUGCACCGUCGCCUGAACCGCCUCGAGCCCGAUCCGGGCGAGUUCGUAAACCUGUUGUUAGGUUUCAAGUAUAG